AUGUAUGCGGAUCGGGUGGAGUCUGCAUCGAAGAGUUCAAUAAAGGAUCGGCUGAAUGGUAACUUUCCUGGCGGUUCCAUUCGCCGGAGACAAGUUACCGGGAAGAGGCAACGAGAGGAUGAUGAUAAGUGGGAACAUGAUCUUUUUGAAGAAGAUGAACCACGGGUUUCAAAGCGCACAAUGAGUUCAACAGAUCUUCGUUUAAAACUUCAAAAGAAGAGUAAACAGCAAAAUGCUCAAAGUGUGAGAGGAUCCCGUUCUAGUGGUGUUAGGGAUCUGCGGGAAAAGCUCUCUGGUGUAAUUUAUCCACAAAAGAUGGAGACAGACCCACCCAAGCCGAAGCAGGUGUCUGAGGUCAGUAAACCUGUCAGGAAGAGUGUCAUAGCCGAAGCUCCUCCCCCGGAGAAAAAAACCGUUGCCAGCUCAGCUUCUAAGAAAAAGACCCAAAAGGUGGAAUCAGUGGAUAGUUUCUUGCAAUCCCUGGGUCUGGAGAAAUAUUCAAUUACAUUUCAGGCUGAAGAAGUUGAUAUGGCUGCCCUCCUGCAUAUGACGGAUGAAGAUCUCAAGGCAAUGGGGAUACCCAUGGGCCCAAGGAAGAAGAUCCUUCUAGCAUUGGAGUAUGUUCAUGAGAGUUCGAUGCAAGCCCAAGUCUUUGCUGAAACCUCCGAUGUCAGAAAAUUUCAGAAUGCUAAAGAAAGUGUUGAUACCAUUUGCGGAAUACUUGCCAACCACCGUGGUUCCGUAGCCAUUGAUUCCGCCAUGAACUCUACAGCUGUUGCUGAUAUAAACAUCACUCCUUUACUGGCGCAAGAAGUUCUGAAGAAACUCAGUCAUGCUGGUUUGUUGGCCUUGUCGUUCUUCAGGUGGGCUGAGAAGCAAAAGGGUACGAAGCAUACUACAGAGAGUUACAACACUUUGAUUGAAUCGCUUGGAAAGAUCAAGCAAUUCAAAAUGGCUUGGAAUUUAGUUGAAGAAAUGAGGAAACAAGGCAUGCUCUCGAAAGAUUCUUUUGCCCUCAUUUCCAGGCGGUACGCCAGAGGUCGACGGGUUAAAGAGGCGAUUGAGGCAUUUGAGAAGAUGGAGAAAUUCGGGUUGAGGUCAGAAUUGGAAGAUUAUAACAGGUUGAUCGAUACUCUCAGCAAGUCAAGAAACGUUGAGACUGCACAGCAGCUGUUUGAUAAAUGGAAAAACACAAAGUUUAAGCCAGAUGUCAAGUCGUAUACGAUAUUGUUGGAAGGAUGGGGUCGAAAACAGAAUUUGUUGAGAUUAGAUGAGGUUUACAGGGAGAUGAAAUGUGAUGGUUUUCAGCCGGAUGUAGUGAGUUAUGGCAUUAUGAUUAAUGCUUACUGUAAGGCUAAAAAGUUUGAAGAAGCUGUUGAAAAGUUUCAAGAAAUGGAAAGAAAUGGCAUUAAGGCUACUCCUCAUAUAUACUGUACCUUGAUCAAUGGUUUAGGAUCAGAGAAAAGGUUGGAUCAAGCUCUUAAGUUUUUUGAACUAGCCAAGAUUAGUGGUUGCGCUCUGGAGGCUCCCACUUAUAAUGCAGUUGUUGGGGCAUAUUGUUGGGCAAUGCGAAUGCAGGAUGCUUAUCGGAUAAUUGAUGAGAUGAGGGUGUCUAGGAUUGGUCCUAAUUCCCGAACUUAUGAUAUUAUUAUUCAUCAUCUUAUAAAGGCUCGAAGGACACGAGAUGCUUAUGCCGUUUUCCAGAGAAUGAGUGAUGAAGCCGGAUGUGAGCCAACUUCUAGUACAUAUGAGAUCAUUGUACAAAUGUUUUGCAAUGAGGAUCGGACCAAUAUGGCUUUGAGAGUUUGGAACCAGAUGAAGGCAAAAGGGAUUAUUCCUGGAAUGCAUAUGUUCUGCACAUUGAUCAACAAUUUGUGCCAUGAGAAUAAACUGGAAGAAGCUUGUGCAUACUUUCAGGAAAUGAUGGAUGUUGGAAUUAGACCUUCAGAUCCAUUGUUCAAGAUCAUAAAGCAAGCUCUUCUUGAAGCUGGGAGAGAGGAUAUGGUUCUGAUAUUAUUUAAGAAGCUUCAGAGGCUAAGGGGAGUUCAAAUAACUUGUUGA